UUGCAUUGAGAGCGUGGUUACAACGCCCCAUUCAAAGAGAGACAGGCGUAUCGUAUGCGUGACCCAGGCAAUCCAAAUAGCGUAACAUUGUCACAGCUGGGGCAUGACUUUACUCCUCAUCGUUCAGUGCGACUUCUCCCCACUGGAAUAAACAGCGAUCGGCGAAAGGGAGAAGGUGAGUACAACAAAAACUUUGCAGGCCACAUAAAGAGAAGCAAACUACUUAAUUCUUCAGAUACAUCAAACUACAUUGAAAGGAAACUUGAAUUUUUUUUCCCAACUUGAAGUUUCAUUCCCAGGCAAUCACUGUUUAUUGAGUUAUGUCAACAGCUGCCCUAUUAACCUUGUGUAGAUCUGGUGGCUUUCAUGUGAGAAGAAGAGCUUUGUUGACCUUUAAGCUGCUGCAGGACGAAAAGCGUGUGAUUCUGCUUUGUCAGAGUAGUACCACUGAUCGGAGGUCUUCGCGCUUUGACGUUGAUGGUGGUGGCCGUCUGACAUCUUGGGAUUCUUUUGGAAUUUGGGACAACCGCAUCGAUGAACCAAUUCUUCUGCCACCGAGCAUAAAAUAUGGCAAACCCAUUCCUAACGUUAGCCUGAGUAAAGUCGGGUGUGUCACUCAAAUAGGCCAACGCAAAGAGAAUGAGGACCGUUUCAGUAUUGGCAUGCUAACUGAUAAUGUGCUGUACUUUGCAGUGUUUGAUGGACAUGGUGGAACAGCAGCAGCUGAUUUUUGUCAUAAGUACAUGGCAAAGCAUAUUGCACAAUGCCUUUCACAGGAAGACGAUCUGGAAGUGGUAUUGACCAGAGCUUUUUAUGAAACAGAUAAGGAAUUUGCAAGACACGUCCAUUUAUCUGAAAAUGUUGAUUGCCAAAUUAAUGCUGUCUCUUUCCUUGCUUCGGGGACAACUGCCACUGUGGCUCUGUUACGUGAUAGCAUAGAGCUUGUGGUAGCGAGUGUGGGUGACAGCCGGGCAAUUCUUUGUCGUAAAGGGAAACAUAAGCGACUCACUGAAGACCACACUCCAGAACGGAAAGAUGAGAGGGAAAGGAUUAAAAAAUGUGGUGGGUUUGUUGCCUGGAACAGUCUGGGGCAACCACAUGUAAAUGGGAGAUUGGCUAUGACACGUAGUAUAGGAGAUCUAGCUUUAAGGUCUGCAGGAGUCAUCGCUGAGCCAGAGACCAGACAGAUUAAGCUGCAACAUGGAGAUGAUGCUUUCUUAGUUCUAACAACAGAUGGGAUUAACUUUAUCAUGAAUAGCCAAGAGAUAUGUGAUCACAUCAGUCAAUGUCAUGAUCCAAUAGAGGCUGCUCAGGUUAUUGUUGAACAGGCACUGCACUAUGGUGCAGAAGAUAACAGUACUGUUAUUGUAGUUCCUUUUGGCGCAUGGGGAAAACACAAAAACACUGGCACCAGCUUUUCUUUCAGCCGAAGCUUUGUCUCAAGCGGAAGAUGGGCAUGAAGUGGAAGGACUAUUGUCUCUGCUGCCUGCUUGCAGUUCAGUUUUCAAAAGUAUCUUUUUUAAGGCCACUUUCUUUUGUUUUUCCAUUUGGCAAAAGCUCAUCUUGUCCUAACCUGUAGUGUGAAUAAAGGCAGCUAGCCAGAUGUACAAUUAAACAUUGCUCUGUUAUUUUAACAAAGGAAUUAAUAACUGGACAGGAAAAAGUUAUUUUUGUAGCGAACUGGUAGAGAUAUUGACACUUCACUAAUUGAUCACUUUAGAUGCCUGUUUAGCUGCAAUAAAACUUGUGUUGUAUAAAUUCUUAAAUGCUUGUGUUCUAAGUCACAGAAACUGGUUAUAUUAAUCUUGGUGCAACAGUACAAGAACAAUUUGUGCCCGUUCUGGUGUGUUUUCAGUUCUGGCACUGAAACAAGUAGAUUUGUUGAGUACAAGAACUGGAUGUAACUAUCUGAUGUUGGAAAUCGGGGCAAGGGAGAUUUAUAUAUUUGAGCUGGUUCCCAUUGAACUACUACUGCUUAUUCAGUAUAUCUUUGAAAGGACCUUUUCUUCCUCUGAGCAAUUUAAAUACAGUGGAAGAAAAUCUUGCCCCACUUAAUCUUCAGCUGCUUGAUUGCUAAUUUAAGCAGGCAAAAUAUUAUUAAGCAUGUAAGCUUUUUCACUGUUCCCUGAGUAUUUUAAUUUCCUCUGUGUUGAGCAUGGCAACCGAAGCACAGGGAGAAAUAUAUCUCUGUACCAUCAAGGAAUUUGAGCUUUAAAGUAUGUUCACGAGAACUUGAAGUUUUUUUUUCUUUUGUUCCCUGUACUAAACAAAAUGUAGCUGGCAUUGAAACUGCAAGUUCACUUGCUGGUUGUUAAUAGAUCUGAGAUCUGUCAAAGGAAUUGUGAUUUUUGUCACAAAUAUCUGUGUCUCCCCAGGUCACUGCUGGAAUAGCAGUGCAGAACUAAACUGGAAUAUACAUGUAACGGUGUGCCUUUCCAGCCCUACUUUUUCCAGCAUUUAUCCCACGUGGAAUUUGAAAUAUGAGGUAGUACAUUUGGACCUAAUUUUGAGCUUCAGAAGAGAGGUGUGAGAUAUCAUCUCGAUCCCAAAUUGGGAGGGCAGCAAAGUUGCUGUGGAAAGUCGGCUCACGUGAUCUAUGCCUGCUAAAUGGGUUGGGAUAUUUUUUUCUCAGUUGAGGGCACUGUGUAGACACAAAUUGUUGUAAAUGACAGGAAGCAUGAGAUAGGAAGAAUAUUCUUCAAGGUCAAUUUUUCAUGUUUGUGAAUGUGCCCAAAAUUCUCAAGCACAAGUGUCUUUUAUUGUAUGUGGAGAGCAAACACAACUAGGAGACCUUGGUUAUUAAAAGUUUUUCUGACAGUUUGUACUUGUUCAAUACAAAAUAUUUGACUAAGGUCAGUUGUAAACUAAAUAUGCAUCCUCUACUGAGGAUUAAGGGAUGUGUAAACGCAUUGACAGAGACCAGGAAUUAAUUAAUCAAAUUCAUGUGGCAUUGGAGGCAUUAUGGAAUAAACUGGAGAAGUACUUUUAAAGUAUUUGUGUGAAGUUUGAAUUGGGAGGGGGGAAUUCGUGUAGAAAGGGGAAGUAUCCUUUACUGUAAUUCUGAAGCAUAACGUAUAAUAGUAGUGCAAGCUGUGGCAAAGUUUUGUCCUUGCUCACUUUUCUCUGUCUUGCCUUCUGGCCCAGAUCCCACAAUAGAACCAGUCAAUACAUAGGAUGUUUUUGAGUUAAUGCUAGAUGAUGUAUGCUGACCUACAUUAAAUUUAAAAUUAAACUGUGAAUUGGUCCCUUUUGCCACUGUAUAUUCUGAGCUGGUUUUUCUUUUGGUGGUGUUACUGGUAAUUUGACAUGUUGCAGUUUAAUCAGUAUCAAAGUAGAAUGACCGGAGAUACGAAAAAUAUCUUCGACUGUUUUCAUCCAUUUUUGUAAUUCCACAGUUACAUAUAUCAGCGAGGCAGCCAAAUAUGUCAUAAAAUAUGAUUCAUAUCAAAAAUCAAUUUUUCAGCUAUUUCUUUCUAUACUGUUAAAGUCACCUGUCAUAUUAUCUGUUACUAUUGGAAAUGGUAGAAAUUUUGCAGAAUUAUUUAAAAUAUUCAGUACCUUAGUUAUGCAAAUGCCAAUACUAAAUGCACUACAGUAGCUACUUUAAAUGUGAUUUAAUCUAGAGAGACACGCAGUUUGUGUAUCUGUGUGUGUCUUUCACGCACCCUUCCCCCGCCAAAAAAUGGGUCUAGCUUGCGCUUAGGACAUGAAGAAAAUUAGAAGCUAGAUCCCUGGAUAGACUAACACAAUGAAUAUUACAUAGAAUGUAGGGAUAUUUUCAAAAUGAUUGCAUCUGUAAAUGUGACUAGAAACCUAAUCCAGAUGUUUUGUGACUUGAAUCUAUCCAAGUAUUUCUGCUGGGUCUUGUAUUAUAAUACGUAUAGUGUGUAAAUAUUUGUUAUAUAUAGUAAAUCCGUAAUGUACGUUAAUCUUUAUUUGCCUGGGUUAGUAAAUAUGUAUUAUAUUAUGGUUGAACUGACUAUGUUUGUACAGAUUUUGCACUUGUAUUUUAACCAUGUCUUUUUAUAAACCAGUAAAACCCUAGCAAUCCAAAAGCAGGGUUAGGUUACAUUUUGAAGGCAGUGCUGAAAAAUGUACAUUGUAUUCAAGCUAAGAAUUCAACUGCUUGUGAAUAUUUUUGGGUGUUUAUUUGGAAGGAUAUCUAUUAAUGUUAAAAGUUGGCUUUCUGCUGGGUAUGUGUUGCAAUGUUUAAUGCAUAGAUGCUUUCAAUAUGUAGAAGUGUACUGUAAUCAGAAAAUAUUCAAUUUUAUAUGCCUUGUGUGCAGCUCCCAAAUCCCAAACAAUUAGUCCCAAAAAAACAGUAUAUUGGCCAAUGAAAGCAGAACCUAUGAAAUAUAACAGAACAAACAACAACUAUGUUUAGCGUAAUAUAUUCUGUUCUAUAACUCUGCCAUGCUAGCUGUAGUGUUGCUGUAAAUUUGUCUGCUUAUUGCACUCAGUACCCAUCUUUGCUUUGAUACCACCUAAUUGAUUGCAAAUAUUGCAAAAGUGAACUAGUAAUGGUUUUAAUGAAAUGAAAUCAGUAAUUUUAACGACUCACCACAAUCAUUAUUCAGUGGUUCAUAACCACUUACCAGACAUCAUGCGCCAAGCAAAAUUAUCAUCUUUUAGCUUUUGUGGAACUGGUGAGCAAUUAUUUGUGUGCUUAUAAGUACAAGGCUUAUAUUGUUAGCUAUGUCUUAUUUAUACUGAGAGCAGUACAUCAGGAAGGUAUUAAUUGUAUUUUGCCACCUUUUUGAGGAAUGUUAGUAUAAUGGAGACAUUACUGAAAUGGUAAUUCAGAGAAUUCAAGUUCAUACCACAGUUUGUUUUGAAGGUUUUUGUUCAUGACUAUGAAGCUGUCAGAUUGUGUCUAAAAUUCAACUUACUCACUGGUGUUUUUUUUAACAGAAGGGAAUUUACUGUUUUUAGAUAUAUUCUAAUCAGCCUCAUCAGAGAUGUUAUGACCCACCUCUGGAGUAGGUGGGACUUCAGUCCAGGUCUCCGAGCCCAGAGGACUGGAUGCUAACACUGCGCCACAGGGGGCCCUUGCUAUCUGUACUCAAUAUACCCAUAUAUUAAUCCAUGUCAACAUGUUUGACUUUUAACUACCCUUUGAAGUGGCCUACCAAGCCAAUUAGUUAUUUUAAGCUCUCUAGCAAGUCAUUGCUGAGAAGAAUUUGCUGUGAAUGAAGUUUUUUUUAUUGACAUAAAUACCUGGAUCAAAGCAGUUGGUCAGUAGAUUAUUUAAUAUAGAGCAGCAAGUAAGCUAAAUGGAAUGUGAAAGUAACUGUACAUAGGAUUCACUAACAGUGGAACCGUGCUGCAUAUGUAGUCUAUUUUCUCAAGAUUCUUUUUCUUUUAUGGUUUACCUGGUUUGGUUUUAGUACAUACAACCAUCGUUUGCCAAAUUAAUUUGUACUUAAACUGUCUGUUAAUUGAUAAUGUGAUCUGUUUUCAUAAAUUAAAAUAAACCAAUUACAAAUAUGUGUUAGAAGCCAAAACUUCCAAGGUUUUCAUAUCAACCUGACCAAAUUAUUAGAUUUCCCACUUUUUUUUUCUUUUCCAGUGUCCUACUUGAAUUUACUGUUUCGAAGAUGUUGUUGCUUGUAUGAUACUGGAUGUAUUGCAAAUAUUUUCAAUUGAAUAUUUGAAUUGUAGAUGUUUUGGGUAACACUUGGUAAAAACAGCAUGUACUGCUAUGUACAGUAACUGAAAAAUGCAAGUUGUAUGUAACAUUUCAGAAUAUUCAAAUAAAAUUAUUUACGUAUAA